AAAAAAUAAGGCUUUUAGCCAAAUGGGGCGGAUGAGUUUUGGCCAAGUUUUUUCCAAAGUCAUUUCCUUUGAUCACACAACACCCCCUAUUUUUUUUUUCAUUUUCAGUGUUGGGAGAAAAACCUCUCCAGCGAAUGAAACAAGAAAAUUUUCAGCUAUGGAAGAUAAACCUAAGCUGUUGGUACUCUAUGCGAGUCAAACCGGAAAUGCUUUGGAUGCAGCAGAGCAGGUGGCUCGUGAAGCAGACCGCAGAGGCUGCUCCGUUAAGCUUCUUUCCUUGGAUGAAUAUGACCCUGUUGACUUGCCUCAUGAGAGUGCUGUAGUUGUUAUUGUUUCGACUACGGGCCAGGGUGAUACUCCAGAUUCCAUGAAGGGUUUUUGGAAAUACCUUUUGCAGAGAAAUCUAAGUCAACACUGGCUAGAAGGGCUUCCUUAUUCUGUGUUUGGCUUGGGUGAUUCUGGUUAUCAGAAGUAUAAUUUUGUUGCCAAGAAGCUUGACAGGAGACUUUCAGAUCUUGGGGCAGUGGCCAUUGUCGAAAAGGGUUUGGGAGAUGAUCAGCAUCCAUCAGGGUAUGAAGCUGCUUUAGAUCCAUGGAUGACAUCUUUGUGGAAUAUGUUAUGUAAACUCAAUCCAAAAUUCCUCCCAAAUGGUCCAGAUUAUGUGAUUCCUUCUAAGCAAUCAAUUGGUCAGCCAAAGUUUCAGGUCAGGUACCAUGUCAUUGACAAGAUGGAUUCACAGUUUUCUUAUGGUUCAGUUUCAGAACUGAAGCAUAAAGAAAUGCAAAUUGAGACAACUCAGAGAAUGGCCCCAGGAAAAUUUUCACAUCACAAAGAUAGGCCAGACUGCUUUCUUAAAUUGGUGAAAAAUCAACCAUUGACCAAAGAAGGUUGUGGAAGAGAUGUGCGCCACUUUGAAUUUGAAUUCGUUGCAUCGGUCAUAGAAUAUGAUGUUGGUGACAGCCUUGAGGUUCUUCCUGGCCAGGAUCCUGCUUCACUAGAAGCUUUCAUACAGCGUUGUAAUUUGGAUCCCGAAGCAUUAAUCACUGUUUUUCCUGUGGAUAUGGAGACUUACAAUGAUGCUUAUGCCACAAUGGUUCCUAUCAAGUUAAAAUCUUUUGUUGAGUUAACUAUGGAUGUUGCGUCAGCCUCACCUCGACGGUAUUUCUUCGAGGUGAUGAGUAAUUUUGCCACAGCUUCACAUGAAAAGGAAAGAUUGCAAUAUUUUGCUUCACCUGAAGGAAGGGAUGACCUAUACCAGUACAAUCAGAGAGAACGGCGGACUGUUCUUGAGGUAUUACGGGAUUUCCCUUCAGUUAAUAUGCCAUUUGAGUGGCUGGUGCAGUUGGUUCCUCCUUUGAAAACAAGAGCUUUUUCCAUAUCCUCCUCUCUCUCAGCUCACCCAAAACAAGUGCACUUAACUGUAAGUGUAGUAACAUGGACUACACCUUUCAAAAGGAAGCGUUCGGGUCUCUGUUCAACCUGGCUAAGCAAGCUUGAUCCUGAACUUUGCAUCUUUGUUCCAGUUUGGUUCAUCAAAGGUUCCCUUCCUCCUCCACCCCCAUCACUUCCUCUAAUUCUUGUAGGACCUGGAACUGGCUGUGCGCCAUUUCGCGGAUUUGUGGAAGAGAGAGCCAUCCAAAGUGCAACCCAGGAAAUUGCUCCAGUUGUGUUUUUCUUUGGUUGCCGAAAUGAGGAAAAUGAUUAUUUAUACAGAGAUUUUUGGCUGUCCCAUGCACAAGAUGGUGGGGUACUCUCCGAGACAAAGGGUGGCGGUUUUUAUGUCGCCUUCUCAAGAGACCAGCCACAAAAAGUUUAUGUGCAGCACAAGAUACGUGAACACAGUGAGAGGGUGUGGAAGUUGCUGAGUGAAGGGGCUGCCAUAUAUGUUGCAGGUUCUUCAACCAAAAUGCCAUCGGAUGCGUUAUCAACCUUCGAAGAAGUAAUUUCCAAGGAAAGUGGGGCUCCCAGGGAAGCUGCUGUGAGAUGGCUGAGGGCUCUAGAAAAGGCUGGCAAGUACCACGUAGAAGCUUGGUCUUGACAUGACUUCUAUCUGCCUAAACAACUAAGCUUAAAGGUACCAAAUUGAUUGCUACUGACGCAGAGUCAUUAGAUUCUAGAAUUGCAUUUACGCUUGAGUUAUUCUGCUGCUUGGUUCCUAUUUUUGUUUCAGCAGAACCCAAAAAAAAUAAAAAACAAAAAAGGUACUAAAUUGAUAUCUGAUGCAACAAUUGUUCCUUGAUAAGAAUUUUGCCACACUUGAAACAAUGGUUUCAUGAUUUCUUAUAAUCUAGUAUGUAUUUUUUUA